GGAAGGGGUUUUUUGCGCGAAUGAAAGGUAUGAGAGAGAGGGUAGAAACUAUGAUUGAGGAGGCAUUCAACAAAAAGGAAUGGAUCAAGAUGGGCCUGCCUCAGAAGAAGAGAAGGCAGGAGGACGAGGUCUUAGGUGUCAUGGAGGCGGAAAAGGAGUCAGAAGUUGAGCUUGGGGCCAGCCUGCCUAAGCGGAAAGAAGUGCGCAUGGACGUACCAGAAGUCGCACUCGAGAUUCCCGAUUUGUUACAACUCAUCAAGGCUAUCAGAUACCACAAAGUAGGAGUGGACUCGGCAACAUUGGCCAAAUUCGAAGGAGAAGUGCAGAAGGGAUAUUGCCAUGAUCAGAGAAGAAGGGACCAUGGAUUGGACGGAGGAGCGAGAAGGGGCGUCCAAACUCUCAAGAACAUACUGACGUCUGAGCAAGUCGCCUUGUCAGCACCCUGUUUUAAUGACGAAGUGGGACGGUCAUUCAUCCAAGAGACGGACGGAGGACCCUUUGCCGUAGGGGUCGUACUGAUUCAAACGGAUGAGGAAGAAAAAGAGAGGCCAAUUAGGUUCGAAAGUAGAACCCUGAACUCCGCAGAACGGCGAUACUCACAGUUCAAGAAGGAGGUCCUAGCCAUUUUGCAUUGCCUCAAGACCUUCCAAGCCUACCUAUUCGGGAGGCGGUUCAUCCUAAGAAUCGACCCAACGAAUGUCGCAGGGGCCUUAAAAAACUACAGGCCUAUAGACCCGACGCUGGGGAGAUGGGUAGGAUUUAUCUGGCAGUUCCUUUACAAGAUCGAUUACAAAGCCGAUGGGCUGAGUCGGGUCAGUACCUCGCCCGAAGGAGUGGAAGACGCAGAGCCCAUAGAUGCGUUUCUUGAUUACGAAGGAGGGACAUUCGCAGUGGAUAAUGAAAUGAUUGGCGAAGGGUGCGCGUCGGGAAAGUUGUUGAUCAAAACCUUGGAAAAAUGGGCUUCUGCCGUAGUAGCAGAACUUAGAGAAGGACCAAUCACCACUCGAGGACGCAAGGAGGAGAGGGAUUCAUGGGGAGCGGUAGUAGGACCGAAAGAGGAAUUGAUGGCAAUAGCAGUUGAGGGAGGCUGGGAAACUGUGAUGACCCUAGUGGAGUCUUGGGAACGAAAAAAAUUGCAGUGGAUGGUAAACCAGAUGAAGGAGGGAAAGGACGAGGAGCAAGAAGGAAGGGAGUUUUUCUAUGCUCGGAUAUACGAAAGGGUUUUCCGGGAGAUCGGAUUGCUGAUGGUAGUAAAUAAACAACCCAUGGAAGUCAUCUUUAGAGAAAGGGAGGAGGCAGAAAGGUACGUCCUAAGGAGCGAUCAUCUGUUCAGAAGGGAGGAAGGUGUUAUGCCUAGAAUAGUUGUGUGCGGGAGAGAUAAGCAGUUGGACGUGAUCCAGGCAAUGAAAGACGGACUAGAAGGAGGACAUCGAUUGUCCAAAGGAACUCUUGCGAAGAUAACGCCGCUCUAUUAUGGGCCAGGCAUGGCAGGUAUGGUCGCCACGGACUGCCAGACCUGCCUAAUCUGCAAGGAACGUAGCUCGGCACGCGUCUUCGAGCCGCUUAGACCAACGCGAGUGCUGGGGCCGAGACAUCAGGUCCACCUUGACCUUGCGGUCAUGCCUGUAUCAACGGAUGGGUACAGGUAUAUCCUGGAUGCGCGAGACAACUUGAGUGGGUUCGUGGAGGUGGUCGCUCUCAAGAAAAAGACAGAGAGAAGUGUAGCGGAUUGGAUAGAAGACUUAUGCUUGAGACAUCCCUUGAUCAGGAGGUUUAUAGCGGGCAAUGAGACAGAAUUUGUGAACCAAGAAGUGUUGAGAAUGCUUAAGAGGCUUUGCGUACCGAUCAAACUCAUCGAGCCAUAUCACCCGGAGGCCAAUGCACCUGUGGAAAGAGGGCACCAGACCUUAAAGAACACAAUUGCAAAGCUCGCGGCGGACAAUUUGGGGAGUUGGCCUAGGUAUCUUAAGCACAUUGUCUUCUCAGAGAACAUGAUACCAAAGAGGACAACGAGAUGUAUCCUAGCGGAACUUUGGUACGGAAGAGAGAUCGAUUUUUCCAUGGAGGCCUUGAUACCAACCUGGAACAGGUUAGAUGACGAUCCGCAUAUGACCACGGAGGAAUUGACUGAGGCAAGAUGCCAACAAGUUCUUAGGAACGAGGAGGUCAUGGAAGACAUCGCCAACCGGGUACUAGACAGCAAAAUGAGGGACAAAGCAAGGUGGGAGCAGGUUAAGAAUGUCAGAAAGGAGCCACUUCAGGUGGGGGGGACAGUAUUGCUAAGGAAAUCGGCACUAGAAAGUACUUGGUCUGGACAACUGGGGAGAAGGUUCAAAGGCCCCUACCGGGUCGUUAAGCGGGUGGGACUGAACACCUUCGAACUGGAGGAUUUGGAUGGAGCCAGAUUGAAAGGACCCUUCCCGAGGCAACGAUUGGUCAGGUUUCUAAGUCGGGACCCAGUGGAACAAUGGCUUCAGGAGGCCGAGGAUAAGGAAAUUAAGGGGCUACAAGCUAAGAACAGACAAACGGCCUUGCCCACACUAUGAUUUUGUCUUUGACUGCGUCUGUGGGACUGUCAUUUUUUGGGGGGGUUGGGGCAAUGGUUUGGACUGA